CUGUGAUUUCAUCAAUGAUGAAAACAACUUGCCCUCAAUUGAAACGAACCCUGUAUCACUCCUGGUCUGCUGCUGUAGCCCUAUACACAACAAACACCAGGCAGGGCUGGAGAGACCGAUCAGUCCUCUUGAUCACCUGUCUCACCUUCAGUCUCGUCCUGAGCUCCAUCCUCCUCCUCUACCUGCGCUAUGUCCUGCAGUACGGCCUGCUGGUGGCUGCUGGGAUAGCAUGCUCUUGCUGGGUGGUUGUGGGGGCCUCUCUGUUCCUCUCUAAGAGGGUGCGUUGCUUUGGGGUUCUGUUUGUGCUCUCCUGUGGGAUGAGGCAGGGCCGGAACGUUCUCAUCACUGCUGGGACCAGUUUGGUGGUUCUCAAGAAUGUCCAGAACACGCUGGAGAACAUCACAGGGCUCAGUAGGAGUAUGGUAUGCAACCUGCAGGCCAAGAGGGUGUCCAUCAACACCACACCGCUCUGUAACUACAUCAGGAUGUUGAGAUGGGUCGGUGAUGUACUCAGAACGUUCACAGACUUCGGGGUGGCGGAAUUGGUGUCUGAUCUGGAGGUCACAUCCAGAGGAGACUCUGAGAAGUUCAUGGAGAAGCUGGUUGGAGCAGAGAGGACUCUGAAUGGAACUGCAAAGAGCAUCUGGGCCGCGGUGGACACGAUAUCCUCUGUAGGUCAGAAACUGUUCCCUGCCUUCAACUUCCUCCUACUGAUGGGCUUCACAGUGCUGUACUUGAGGAGAUACUGCCACAACAAGAAAUUUGAAAACAUGUACAUAACCAGGACGUUCAUUCAUUUUGAUGAGAAGAAGAAGGCAGAAGGAAGGCCUCCAGUGCUCCCCCUCACACCGAAGGAGGCUAGACGCUACAUCACCAUCCCUUCACCUCGACUCAGUGCCACGGAAGGGAAAGCAAUGCUCAAAUUCAGUUUCCCAGUGUUCACCCAUUGUCUAGCCUGGGUCUUGUUCAUAGGUGUUGAUGUACUCAUGUUCUGGUUCGUUGAGGUCAUCAGAAUGCGACUUCAUGAGCUAGAGCCAUUUCAUGUUCCUUUGUUUAUGAACAUAAACGUAAGUAGCUAUGUUAGUAAAACACACAACAAGGUGCAGUCUUAGUCAAUGAUUUAUUGCAUUAAUUCAUUCAACACAAUCUAGCCACUAGGCUAUAAUCCUGUUACUGUACUGAACCAUUGUUGUUUCAGGAAGACAUGACCGUUAUUGGUGUCACCAUUUCAGAGGAGAUCGACAGGAGGGAUUUCUCCUACCAGGUGUCCCUCUUUGAGAAGAGUUGCCUUCCUAAACCUAGACUACUACUCUAUGACUCCAUCCGGCCCCUGGUUGUGUUACUAGCUGCCCUUCUCAGCAUGGCCCUGAUGUCUGCCAAGCUCACACAGAUCAGGCUCAUGGUGUGUGAGCAGUUCUUCUCCACUAACGCUGAGGAGAGGGUGGAGUUUCUGCAUGCUAAGAUCCUGAAGAAGAGAUCAAGAAAGGAAGGGAAAAGGAAAGCUCAGGAAAGCAGUCUGAAAUCCCUCAUCAAGAAGGUCUGUAUAAUCCAGAGAUCAUUGAGAAACACUGAUGGAAACCUUAGAAUGGUAUAAUACUGUAUAUUACAUAGAUUUUCUUAUGUGGCCUACAGCGCUGAACAUUGUCAUAAUUUGUCCCAGGGAAAAAGUGCAGAGUCAUUUCUCAGUAAGACAAUAGAUACAGUAUAUUUAUGUUACUAAUGUACUGUUUGAUUAAGCCAUACUUUCUUCAUCAGCCAGAUUUCUGGUGUCCAAUACUCUACAGACCACAGGAGGAUGACUCCUUUCAGCAAGCAAGCUAGACUUUAUGCUGCCACAGGAAGAAGUGAGACACACCUUUUUUUGUUGAAAAUGUGAAUUAUGUAACUCGUUACAUUAUAUAACAACUCUAAUCUAGACUAAUGACAUGUUGUCAUUGUAAAUAGAUACAGUAUUUCAGUUUGUUAAUUAAAGUACCUGUAUAAAUAAAGGUAAAACAAUUGUUUUGAUAAUAAUAAAACAAAUAAAGGUUAAAUUAUGGUUACCAAGGUUUCCAAGCAACUUUUUGAAGCAAUGUAAUGUGAGAUGUAAAUAGUUCAAACAAUGAAUAAUUGGGACAAAAUGACACUUAAUUUUAAAGAAUAAAAACACCACAGCCUUCAAUCAUAGUAACUGAGAUAUAAACUUCUUGUAUCUCUAUGUCAUGUCUUUAACUUCUGCAUAUUCUUCAUUGUUACUAUGCCUAUGGAGUUUGGAUGAUCAUAAGUGCACAGGGUAAUUGUCUGCAAUGAGAACACAUAGUUCUGCAAAACAUGACAUCUGUUUCAGUUGUUUAAUGUUGAUCAAAAACAACAGGGACAGUUUCGCUAACAUCAUCACACAAACCAGACCUUCCCUAAAUGUGCACACCACUAUUCAGCUCCCAUCAUGCACUUGGUGUUUAGUCACACUCCAUUAGCAUUAUAUCCAGAUGCCACAAUGCUCAUUUACCACAGUGGGUCCUGACAGUGACACAUCGCCCUUCACAGGAUGCUGACAGUCAGUCAGGAGACGUACCCCUUUAAGCUUCUGUAACGUUGAAAUAUGAUGUUACAUUUACCAGAUUAUUUUGUCUCAAGGUAUUUAGAGUUGGGUUCGAAAUGAUUGACUACCUUGAUAAAGAUGUGCAAAAAUGACUGCAUAAAAUAAAUCAUUCAAAUACUGAGCUAUAUUGUAUGCUCAAAUUUUAUUUUAUACUAAUACAAUUGCUGAGAGAACGAUUUUGUUUAACAAGUAAUAUUUGUUUUUUCUCAAAGAGUUAUUGACAAUCCUGUUUUCAAUACCUUUCAAUACCUCACCUUGCGAAAAUAACGGCACUGAGCAUUUUUCCAAAUUCCUCAAUACAGAAUCCUUCCAGAUACUUGAUAUCCUAAGUCUGCGCUUAUGGACUGCCCUAAUCAAUUCAUACCACAGGUUUUCAAUGGGUUUCAAGUCCAGAGACUGAGAUGGUCACUGCAAAAUGUUGAUUUUGUGGACAAUGAACUAUUUCAUUUUUACACCUACCUUUUCUCUCAGCAAUUGUAUUAGUAUAAAAUAAUAUAAUUUACAACUUUUUUGAGAGCUUACAAUAUAUCUCAGUAUUUGAAUUAUUUAUUUUAGACAGGCAUUUUUGCUCAUCUUUAUCAAGGGCGUCAAUAAUGUCGGACCCCACUGUAUAUGAAGAUAAAGGAUAAUGUGAAAAUGUUUGCCUAAUAACAUAAUUGGACGUCAUUGCUCAAUUGUGCCAGGCAGGUAAAUUCAGUAAAGUGCAGUGUGAGUGUUUUAAAGAAAAUAUAUACUAUUAUAUACUAACCCAGGUCUGUUACUGAGAGAAGGCACAGUGAAAGAGAAGGCAGAGCGACAGAGAAGGCACAGAGAUGAGUGGGCUGACUGUGACUCAUACACUGCUGCCACUGACCCGUAGCGUGCCUCUAAUAAACUCACAUUAUGUCUGCAGAGCCCCAGCGGCUCAGUACCAUGCCAGCAUGCCAGCAUGCCAGCAUUCCCAGUAGGAGACAAUCCCAAUGUGUAGUGUGAUGCUGUGUGACAACAGCACUGGGCCUUUUUUACAUAGCCAGGAUCCAAUCCAAGGCACGUUGCAGCACUGUGCACUGCACUACCGACAAUUUCCCUGGUGUUUGUGAAGAUCGCAUUCAUGGUAAACGCUGCGUAUGUCAGCUCAAGUGGAAAUUACCUUUCAAUGUGAAACACUGUGCGCUACUAUACAACGUGCAUUUGAUGGUAUCCCGGUCAUAGUUUAACACAGAGGUAAGGGUAGA